AUGGCUACCGAGCCCGAGACCCCUGAGGCCGCCUUGGCUGCGGAGCCCGCGGUGCCAUCGCUUGUGGAUCGUUACUUCACUCGCUGGUACAAAGCGGAUGUCAAAGGAAAACUCUGUGAGGACCACUGUAUACUACAACACUCUAACCGGAGUUUGGUUGACAAGAAUGAGUCUUGCAGUGCCUACGCUAAACAAAUAAACUUGGUUACCCAAACAUCCAAAUGGAGGACCACACCCUCAGUCGGCUACUACCUCAAAAUAUGUGUCAUCACACUGGCAGGAUCCCAUCUAGUUCUUCAAAGUGGAAAAGCAAUUAAAAGCAUUUUCUAUCAAAUCAGUACCAACUGUAGCAGACUUCAGAACAAAGUCUCUGGGAAAUUUAAGUGGGGGGCACAGUUUCUAACAGAACUUGCACCUCUGUGUAAGAUUUACUGCUCUGAUGGAGAAGAAUACACCAUGUCUAGCUGUGUUAGAGGAUGGUUGAUGGAAGUGAAUGAAAGCAUUCUCCAUAAGCCAUCUAUUCUUCAAGAGAAGCCAUCCACCGAAGGCUACACUGCAGUUGUGUUGCCCAAGUUUGAGGAAAGUAAAAGCAUAACAGAAGGGUUACUGACACAAAAACAGUAUGAAGAAGUCGUGGUGAAAAGCAUCAAUGCCACAACAGCUACCUCAUGAGGAUUAAGAUUGAGUAAAAACAACAGGGCAUUCUUAUCCUUACCUGGCCUACGAGUUAGUGCACUAAGGAAGAACCAGAGGCGCUGAAGCAUCCUUCACACCGGGCUAUCUGCAGGGAGGCCUGAUCUUAAAACCUGACCUAGUUUUCCUUCUUUAUCUUGCAUAACAAGCCUUGAUUCCAUUUUGUC